AUGGCUAUGCGCAGCCGGGCCAGACAUCUUUGCUUCUCCGCCGGCCUUGAAGCGAAACGGAAACGUGGUGACGGCAGUGGCGGAAAAGCCAAAGUCAAGGCUCAGCGCCCUGGAAAAUCCCAUGGCGCUGUGGUGGCUCGCCAAUCCCGAACCGACCUAGUCCCCAAACAUGAGAGACUGAAGCAGCAACGACACCGCGCUGCGGAUAGCGAGUACGGCAGAGGAGUGGGACUCAAUGUUAAGAACAUCAAGGACAGGAAGCUUAGGAGGAAUCUCUCUGUGCUUGAGACCAAGUUCAAAGAUGCUGCCGUCAAGGCCAAGGAUGCCGAGAUUCUCCACGAAAGCGCGGCAGGCUUCCUUGAGACAGAGCACGAUCUCGAGCGGACAUACCGAGUGCGUCAGGACGAGAUAACAGAGAAUGCGGCGAUAGAAACGGCGCAAAAGAGAUUCGACCUUACCCUUGACCAAUUCGGCCCUUACGUCUUCGACUACUCGCGAAACGGCCGACAGCUACUCCUAGGCGGGCGCAAGGGCCACAUAGCGACGAUGGACUGGCGGGAGGGUAAACUUGGGUGCGAAAUCAACCUUGGGGAGACGGUGAAGGAUGUCAAGUGGCUGCACAAUAAUCAGUACUUCGCCGUAGCGCAAAAGAAGUACGCCUACAUUUACGAUCACAACGGCGUGGAACUCCACUGCUUGCGGAAUCUUAUGGAGGUUACCCAUAUGGAGUUUCUCCCUUACCACUUCCUCCUCGCCACCAUGUCCACGCCUGGCUGGCUCAAGUACCAAGACGUCUCGACUGGUAAUCUUGUCAGCGAGAUUCGAACCGGUCUCGGCGCUCCAGUAUCACUCACCCAAAACCCAUGGAACGCAAUUCUUCAUGCUGGCCAUCAAAACGGCACUGUCACCCUUUGGUCCCCGAACUCAUCGGAACCUCUGGUCAAGUUAUUAGCGCACAAGGGACCUGUACGGUCGCUUGCGAUAGACCGCGGCGGCCGGUAUAUGGUUUCCACUGGCCAAGAUCUCAAGAUGGCAGUCUGGGAUAUCCGAAUGUUCAAGGAAGUAAACACAUACUUCACCAGACAGCCCGGCUCGUCCGUCGCAAUAUCGGACACAGGCCUCACCUCGGUAUCCUGGGGGACGAGCACUACGGACGUGCUCGGACUGGGCCACGAAGACGGCUUUUCAUCAAUCCUUGUUCCGGGUGCCGGCGAACCUAACUUCGACGCCCUUGAGGUGAACCCCUACGAGAACACAAGGCAGAGACAAGAGGGCGAGGUCAAGGCGCUCCUCAACAAACUUCAGCCUGAGAUGAUUGCUCUAGACCCCAAUUUUAUCGGUCACCUAGACCUACGAUCUCAGAAGCAGCGAGAAGCCGAAAAGGACCUCGACACUAAGGCGCCCGACUUCAUUGAAGAGCUCCGCCACAAGACAAGAGGCAGGAAUACCGCGCUCAAGAAGCACAUGAGGAAACAGCGCAAGAGGGGUAUCAUCGACGAGAAGAGGUUGAGGAUCGAACAGCUUUGGAAGGAGCAGCAGCAGAAGGAUACCCAACGACAGGAAGAACAGCAGGCUGAGCUAGGGCCCGCGUUGUCGCGGUUUGUAAGAAAAGAAUAG